UCCACCGAGGUGUAGCCUAGUACAUCCUCCCCACGCACCGGGCCGGGUUGGGUCAGGGUGCAGUACCGUACCUUCUGCGCGCGCGCGCCAGCGCCAUGGCGGCCUUCGCCAUGCUCUCUCUCGUGCUCCUCCGCCUCUUCGCCGUGCAAGCAGCAGGCGUCGGCGUCGUCGACGACGGGAGGUCAUUCACGGCGUGCCUGGCGGCCGCCGGCGUGGGCAACGUCACGACGCGCGAGUCCCCCGCGUACGCCGCCGCGCUCCUCGUCUCCGUCCAGAACCUCCGCUUCGCGGGCGCGGGCGCGCCCAAGCCCUUCGCCGUGGUGGUCCCGGCGUCGCUGCAGGAGCUCCGCGACUCCGUGCGGUGCGCGCGGGCGGCGGGGCUCGUGCUGCGCCUCCGCAGCGGGGGCCACAGCUACGAGGGCCUCUCCUACACCACCGACGACGACGACCGCACCGCGUUCGCCGUCGUCGACCUCGCGGCGCUCGACCGCGUCGACGCGGACCGCCGCACCGGCACCGCGUGGGUGCAGUCGGGCGCGACGCUGGGCCAGACGUACCACGCCGUGGCGGCGGCGGCGAGCGGGAGCGGCCCGGCGGCGGCGCUCGCGUUCUCCGCGGGGUCGUGCCCGACGGUCGGCUCGGGCGGGCACAUCGCCGGCGGAGGGUUCGGCCUGCUGUCCCGCAAGUUCGGCCUGGCCGCCGACAACGUCGUGGACGCCGUGCUGGUCGACGCCGCGGGGCGCGUCCUGGACCGCGCCGCCAUGGGCGAGGACGUGUUCUGGGCCAUCCGCGGCGGCGGCGGCGGCACCUGGGGCGCCGUGUACGCGUGGCGCGUCCGGCUCAGCGCGGUGCCCGACCGCGUCACCGCGUUCGUCGUCAACCGCGCCCCGGGCUCCGUCCGGUCGGUGGCGUCGCUGGUGUCGACGUGGCAGCACGUCGCGCCGUGGCUGCCCGACGAGUUCUACAUCUCCGCGUUCGUCGGCGCCGGCUUGCCGGAGCUGAAGAAGAAGAAGCUGAACCGGACCGGCAUCUCCGUCACGUUCAAGGGGCUGUACCUCGGGCCGGCCCACGAGGCGCUGGAGAUACUGACGGCAAGGUUCCCGGAGAUCGGGCUGUCGGAUCUGGACCCGAAAGAGAUGAGCUGGAUCGAAUCCGUGGUGUUCUUCUCGGGUCUGCCCGAAGGGAGCACGGUGUCGGAUCUCACGGACCGGGUGCUCCACCAGAAGAACUACUUCAAGGCCAAGUCGGACUACGUCCGCCGUCCGAUGACCUUGGAGCAACUGAUCAGAGCCAUUGACCUCUUGUCCAAGCAGCCCAAGGCGUACGUCAUCUUGGACCCAUACGGUGGCGCCAUGGAUCGGGUCGGGUCCGCGGAUCUUCCGUUCCCGCAUCGCAAAGGUAACAUCCAUGGCAUCCAAUACCUAAUCGAAUGGGCGGCUAGUGACGAUGAUCACAAGGAGGAGUACAUGGAUUGGUUGCGCCGGUUCUACGACUUCAUGGGAGCAUAUGUGCCGAAAAAACCACGAACCGCAUACAUAAACUAUAUGGACCUUGAUCUUGGAACCAACAAUUGGUCGGGCCAUCGAACCGACAACGACAUUGAUAAGAGCCCUCACCCAGAAGUGGAGGCGGCACGAGCAUGGGGCGAGAGGUACUUCUUGGGAAACUACGAUCGGCUAGUUCGUGCAAAGACAUUGAUCGAUCCAGAGAACGUGUUCCGCAACGCGCAAAGUAUCCCGCCACUUGGAGGCGUCCAAUGCAUGAUUAGGAGCACACGUGGCAUCUCGCCCAAGAUCACAUCCAAUGGAAGCACGUACGAUAGCUAGAGCACAAGAAUAUAGGUUAACUUUAUAUAUACAAUACAUGCAUACAAAAUAUGUGGGUGCGGUGUUUUGAUUUCAUCUUUUGGCGCGUUGCUUUCACGGUGCCGUCCGAGAAGGACGAGUUGCAUUUUUUUUUUUUGUUGGAGAGAGGUGGUUUGGAUUAUUGAAUCCUAGCUAGAGGGAGCAGAAAACGAGAGAUUAUUAGGUAUUUUGAUGAAGUGACCAAGGUCACGUCAAUCUCUUGAUCAGAAGGUGUGCUUUCUCGCUAGUGUUAGUGUCCUUGUUGAUAACGAUCAUCAACUUUUGUAUUGGUGCAAGGUUGAUUAGUACUAGCAUUCUCUCUCUCUC